AAUAAAGGAAUGUGAUUGACAGAUGUUGUGGAGUGGCCGAGAUGGGAAUAGACUGAGGAAAAAGGAGACAAGGAGUUGGGCCAGGGCUGAGAAUCAAGGGGGUAUGGCCUGGAGGUGCUCACAAUUGCUACCGGCUCCUGUGCUGCUGAUGCUCCUGGCCUCAGGUGUCUGGGGGUCGACAGUUGUGUCUGAGGAACUUCAUGCAGUGGUAGGGCAGGACCUCUCCGUGCGGUGCCAGUACAAGCCUGAAGCAGGGCCUUAUGUGCCGAAAUCAUGGUGUCGGCAGACAUCUCCAAAUAAAUGUAACAGAGUGGUCACAACCUCUGAGCCCCGGAAAGCCGUCAAAGAGUCACAGCACACAAUCUGGGACGAUCCUGAAGCUGGCUUCUUCAGCAUCACCAUCACUCGGCUCACGGAGAAGGACGCGGCAUUCUACUGGUGUGGGUCAUUUGAUGCUUCCCGAAAUGUAAUCAGCGUUCUCAGAAACAUCAGCCUGGUGGUGUCUCAGGCCUUGCCCACUCUUCCUCCACCGACCAGCAUCCGGCUCCAAACAAAGAUGGAGACGACCACCUGGCUCCCAACAAGCACAGUUCUGACCACUUCUCCAGAGGAAACCACCGGCUUUUUCAUCAAUGGCUCUGAGCACAGAAACCACAGUUCUCCUUCCUCUCCGGGCUGGGUCUCCCCGAGGCUUCCUGUCUUCGUGCAGUAUGGACUCCUGCUGUUCAAGGGCCUGAUGCUGUUAGUUUGCUGUGUGGUCCUUUGCCGACGACGCUGCCAGGGGCGUGAGGCUAUGGCAGAGACAGUGAUGAUGGACACUAAGGAAUAUCCCAGCCUUCCUGAGUCCUUGGGCACAUUUAGCCAUAUGUCAGGGUGUGAGAAGAAUGAUUAUUCUCCUAACCCUACCCAGUGGCUGCCCGGCCACUGUAUACCACAACCCCACUGAAACCACCAGGCAAGCCCACGGGAGACAGAUCACCAGUGGUGACUGUCACUCUGGCAUUGAGCACCCUAAGAUCCAUGCUCCCCCACAGCACAGUCUCCCCCAAGCUGACCACCUAUAGGAAGUUAAUCUGCAUUGGGGUCAGACCCUCUCACGGCCCCCAACACCCGCGCCUUCUCUCCCAGGACUUCCUCAUUCUCUCUGCUGCCUCUAUUGGCGUCACAUGCCUCACCGCUCCGUUUCCUGAGUGAGCUCCUCACAAGCCCUGAACACUUGUGCCUGAGUCCAGACUCUAGGAUCGCAUCAGAGCAGAAUGUGGAAACAUCAUAUCCCCUGGCUUCCUCUCCUCUUGCUCCAGAUUCCUUAAAAUGAGAGAAAAAUGACUUAAAGGAUAAGAUGGGGAACCAAGAAAGGCUGUGAUCUGCAGACUACGAACAGAGGAAGCCAAGAAGUUGAAGAAAAAAAGGUGGUUUUUUAACAAGCUCCCCAAACAGACGCUCCUUCAGCCACACGGAAGAGCUGACCACCAGGGGUCAGUGUUGGGCUGGUUUAAUCAAGAGGCAAUCUCAUCUUCCCAGAGAAAGUCUGCUUGUACAACUUGAUUAUUGACUUGUGUGUGUGUGUAGGGGAUCCUUUGAGGGAGUCACAUCCAUAAAACAAGAAGAAGCCAGAAUGAUGUUCAGCACAUGUGACGUCAGUACAGCCUGGACCCUGGACAUUCAGCAUGGACAUCUGCCGUUGACAGCAACCUUGAAAAGGUCACCACAGUGACAGGAUGCUUUCUCCUCCUCCUCCUCCUCCUCCUCCUCCUCCUUCUCCUCCUCCUCCUCCUCCUCUUUUUUUUUUGAUGUGUGGGAGAAUAAAAUAUAGAAGUUUCUUCACAGAUAUGUCAACGCACGGCUGUCAUCUAUCUGUGCACACACUUUUGCUCCAUUUACUCUUCUUCAUUUAAAAAAAAUUCCACUUGAUUUCUUCAAACUAAGGCCACUACUCAAUGCAUUUGAUAUGUAAUCCUGCAUUCCGCUGAAAUCUUACAAAAAGAGUUAUUUCUCCCUUGUGACUGUAUUUCUUUUUGAGUGUGUGUGUGUGAGUAUGUGUGUGUGUGUGUGUGUGUGCUCACAUGUGCGUGUACAUGAGUGCUGUGUCUGUAGAGACCAGAAAAAGGCAUCAGAUCCCCUGGAGCUGGAGUCACAGGCAUUUGUGAGAUGCUGGGAAGUGAACCCCAGUCCUCUGUAAGAGCAGUGUGUGCUCUUGACCACUGAGCCUCUCUCCAGGCCUUUGUCUGUAUUUUCAACGUCUAUAAAAUAACGUGAUGCACUUUCCCCCACAUAUUUCUCUUGCUCAGCUACCCAGCCACUGUUUGCCAGUGCUGACACAUACUCCAUGGCGUGCGUGCUCCCCACCAGGGGAGACCACUGGAACCCAGGGCCUGUGCUGAUGUGCCCUCUCAUCACCACAGUGCAGACAGUUCGGUGGUGAACAGCUCCAUUAUUGUCUUUAUUCUCAUUUAUGACUUCCUUUACAAUAUAUCCAAAGGAGUUUGUAGGAGUUCAGAGUCUAAGCUGCUGGUGCCUCUGGCUUUGUUUCCUGAACCACUACCAGACAACUAGAGACUGUACUUCCUGUCCAUCUACAGCAAGCACGCAGCACCAUCUAUGCAUUGGUCUUCCGAGAAGAAAAUGGAGGGAUGUUGGGAACACGGAGGUCCUUGUGCCCACAGAUCACCAGGGAAAACAGGAACGUUAAGCACACAGGACUGUUAUUCCGAAGGAAAGGAUGUAUAACCUGGUUUUCCAUCCCAAAGGCUGGGAACUGAAGGUGGUUGACAGCCUGGUGAUCUGUUAUUUGGAGGGCCAGGCUGUAUCAAGCUCUCACAAUGAGGACAAGAGGUGGCUAAUAGCCCAAAUGACCUCUACGCUAUCUGUGCGGUGGAGACCACUCCAGAUUCUUAGGCACUUAAGCUAGUACAGGUAGCCUAUCUCUGGAACCCAUGUUCUUGAAAGAAAUAACAUGUACCCUGAGUUGAGUUUCGAUAUAAUUAUGCCUCCUUAUGCAGAGGGGAUUGUAUUAUAACAGGAAACUUAUUUUUUUUAAUUGUACUGUGCUUAAAUGUGCUGACCGUGAUAUCAAACUCCCAAAGUUUUCUUCCUUGCUUGUUCACGGGUCAUUUGGCUGCCAGCCAUGCCACCUGCAGGGACCCUACAGCGGGAGACGCCUACUGGUGGCAUUCUGCUGAGUGGUCAUGUCAAACUGCCUUCAAAACAUUCAUAUGUACAGAUCUGUGCUCUUCUUAACUUUGGUCAGAGAAACGUCUUUCUGGUGUAGAUAGUAGUUAAUGCCGAGAUUCAUAAUUGGUCAACGAGCUGAGAGUAAGAGACUAAGUGACUGUUGAGCCCUGAAUGUAAUAUCUGUAUUAAUCUUUUGCCUCAAGCCUCAGAAAACAUCAUGGUAGAGGGAGCAGAAAAAAAA